AUGGCGAAGUGGGCGGAUCAGUGGACGCAGAACUCGCGAGACGGGCUUGGGAACAUGCUCGACGCAGAGCUGAAGAUGGGUGUAUCGUCUUGUGCCAAGCUACCAUUGUCGACUCCUUCCACCGCUUAUACUGCACUUUCUGCCCUUCGACCGUUCAUUGCACAAGUUACACCUUAUAAUCCGUCGCAAUUUCGCUGUUCUGCACUUGCUGUGUCUUAUACCUUCACGCUCACUGGCAACGUCACAGCGGUAUCACUGUCUUUAUCCACAUCUGGCCUUGAUGUUUCUAGUGGCCUCCUUAAUAUUCCUGCCGAGGCUGGCUACCGCGCCUUCGAUGUGUUUUACUAUCUACUUACAUCUGCUUCGACCCCGGCUGAAAGGGAGUUUCUCAGCCUGAAAGAUGCGUCUGCAUACUCUCUCUUGAACAAAUCGAACACAUUUAAUCCGCCAGCAUAUCUACCCACCGCUGAUGAUGCGGCUUCUGCUGAAGAUUUUAGAGCUGCUCUCAAGGCUAUAGGUAUCAAAGGCGCGUCACAUAGAAAUUUUAUUACGAUACUAGCUGCUUUACUGAAGCUAGGUAAUUCUCUGGGCUUCUUGGUCGACCAGGAGGAACUUGAGGAAAUAUGUGAAGAUGUUGGGGGACUUUUAAACCUUGAUCCGGAUGUACUUCUGCACAAGUGCUCCACAGAUGAUCGUACCAUUCUGAUCGCUGGUAUCUACGAAGCUUUGAUUGAUUGGGUGAUAUCUAAGGCUAAUGAGACCAUCUCUGAUGAGAUUCACAGCACCCGGGAUAGUACCUCAGGUGAUGACAGCCCUGGCCGGAGGACCCCUUGGAUUGAUGAGGAAACGGGUGACACUGUUGGAAUCACAGUCGUUGAGGUUCCAGAUCCAGCGUUAGGAAAAGCCAUCGCCCUUAGGGGAGUCUUCGAUGACUCCCUUGGUAUUAAUGCUGAAAUGAAAGAAGAUGGAAUCGAAGUUGUUGCCCCAGGACAGUCUGUGAUCAAGGAAAUGCACAAUGCAAUCGCUGAGGUUGAGGCCGAUAUGGGGGUUCCGGAAAGCUCGGCAACCCGUGAACGAGAACAAGAAUACGAUAGAAAAGAAGGUGUUUUGGAAAAAGUCGGAUUGGAACUUGAAACGGGCAGUUUUCUUCGGCAGAUUUUAUAUUCCGUUGAAAAUGAAGGCAUUAGUCUUGGCAAGAAGGGCCGUUUUGACCUCACCAAUACUCUAGGAAGCAGCAGAGUUUGGUAUCACGUCGCACUUCAUCCCACAGACGAUCCACCUGCCGCUUUGGCAUCUUUACCAUCCGUUACAUCCUCUUGGUCUGCCGGAACUGUCUCCCGCCAACUUCGCGCAUGGAGGCUCCCCGAAUGGGCCAAUCGUCGAAACAAACACCUUGAUUUCACGGCAGAUUUCGAUGUAGAAGAAUUUGUCACGAGGUAUUCUCGACUUGGAUGCCAAGAAGGAAAGGACGGAGUGGAGAACUGGAUCCUAGAAAGAGGGUGGAGCAAUGGUGAUGUGGUUAUCGGCAACGAGAGAAUUUGGAUGAGAGAGAAUGCAUGGUGGGAGGCUGAGUCGAUGUUGGAUUUGAAACCGCAAAAUAUCCCACAGGAUCCGUUCAACCCUGUGAUGACCCCCUUUGACACCCCAUAUUCUCCCACCCCACCACCUAAUGCCAGCGGCUUCUUUCAGCCAGAGAUCAGUGUUGGUGACAGUCGUGAAAAUCUUAUGCAAAGGCAGAGCGUGGCAACUAUGUCUCGGAGUGCUUUGGGGGGAGCUCGUUCCAUCGCACCAACUGUUGGCCAGCCUGGCCAAACCGCACCGGGAGAUUACGGCCUUGGCCCAAAGGGAGAUGACAGAAAACACGAUACCCAAUACUACGAUCAAGAUCUUGGUGUAUUCACUGGGCAAAUGGAUCCUGAAUUUGGUGACCCGAAAAAGAUCGAGAAGAAAAAAAUUCCCUUGUCUCGGCGUCUGUGGGCAGGCUUCGUUUGGGCGGUAACUUUCUGGAUUCCUUCGUUUGUCCUUCGAUAUGUUGGCCGUAUGAAACGCCCAGAUGUUCGAAUGGCUUGGAGAGAAAAGGUUACUCUCAUGGCUCUAAUCCUUCUCCUGAACGCCACAAUGGUUUUUUGGAUUAUUGGUUUUGGAAAUUUACUCUGCCCGAAUAAAGAUAAAGUCUGGUCUGAGAAAGAAGUCAGUUACCACCAAGGGGAUAAUGACUACUACGUCAGUAUCCAUGGGAUCGUGUAUGAUAUCAGCAAAUUUUGGAAAGUUCCGCACGCUACAACUAGAGACACUUCCAGGACUGCAAUGGAUCCGUUCCGCGGUUUAAAUAUGGAUGCUUACUUUCCCGUUCCACUGACUGUGGCAUGUCGCGGCUUCGGCAUAGACGAUUAUGUUCAGCUUCAACACAACAAGACCGACGCCGUUUUAUAUCCAAAUGCUCUCCACUCCUCUGGUCCUUUAAAUGAGCGUGACCCCAAAUCCAAAUUGCACGAUAUCAAUUGGUAUAACAAUGAAUUCUUACCAAGAAUCAAGGAGUAUUACAAAGGGGAUGUGGUUUGGGACAAGGCUGAAUUACGGAAACAGGCGGAAGAAGACCAACGGUUUUGGGUCGUACUAACCGGCGAAGUGUUUGAUCUAACGGACUAUUUCUACACCGUUAAACUGAUGAACAAUCUCCAGGCCUACAAUUUCCUCCCUGAUAAAGUCACCCAGCUGUUCUUGAAUAACCCGGGCGAGGACAUAACCGACAAGUGGGAGAGUACCGUUGACUUCCAGAACAGCUAUUGGUGUUUGAAGCAUCAGUUUUAUCUUGGCAAAACCGACUUCCGAAAAACAGCUAGAUGCCAAGUGAACAAUUAUAUCCUGCUUGCAUUCACUUGCGUACUUGCUGGUGUUAUUCUUAUCAAAUUCGUUGCUGCGCUCCAGCUUGGAACCAAACGGCGACCUUCGAUGCAAGAUAAAUUUGUAAUCUGUCAAGUUCCCGCGUACACCGAGGGAGAAGACCAACUGCGGAAAGGACUCGAUUCCCUCACAGCUCUCCAGUAUGACAAUAAGCGGAAGCUUAUUUUCGUGAUCUGUGAUGGUAUGAUUGUUGGAGGUGGUAAUGAUCGGCCAACUCCAAAAAUUGUGCUCGAUAUCUUGGGUGUCGAUCCAAAAAUCGAUCCUCCCGCGCUCCCAUUUAAGUCUGUGGGCGUGGGAAGCGAUCAACUCAACUAUGGCAAAGUGUAUUCUGGUCUCUAUGAAUUCGAAGGCAAUGUUGUUCCUUACAUUGUUGUUGUCAAGGUUGGAAAGGAGUCCGAACAAACCAAAUCGAAACCGGGAAACCGAGGGAAGCGAGACUCCCAAGUUUUGAUUAUGAGCUUCCUAAACAGGGUACACCAUCGUUCAGCAAUGUCACCACUCGAGCUUGAAAUAUUCCACCAAAUCAACAACGUUAUCGGAGUUGAUCCUGAGCUUUACGAGUAUCUCUUCAUGGUUGACGCUGACACGAGUGUGAAAGAAGAUUCGUUGAACCGACUUGUAGCGAGCUGCGCGAAUGAUUCUAAAAUUGCCGGUAUCUGUGGUGAAACCAGUUUGGAGAAUGAAGAACGUACUUGGUGGACAAUGAUUCAAGUUUACGAGUAUUAUAUUUCCCACCACCUGGCGAAAGCUUUCGAGUCGUUGUUUGGCAGUGUUACUUGUCUUCCUGGAUGUUUUUGCAUGUAUCGUCUUCGCACUGCUGAUAAAGGCCGGCCGUUGAUUAUCUCUGAUAAGGUUCUGAGCGAAUAUUCUGACAUAGACGUUGAUACACUACACAAGAAAAAUCUUUUGGCCCUCGGAGAAGAUCGAUAUCUGACAACAUUAAUGACCAAGCAUUUCCCGAACAUGAGGUACAAAUUCAUUCCAGACGCAUACGCAAACACUGCAGCUCCAGAAACAUGGAGUGUUCUGCUAUCCCAGAGACGUCGCUGGAUCAACUCCACUAUACACAAUCUAGCAGAAUUAAUGUUCCUCUCAGACUUGUGCGGCUUCUGCUGCUUCACGGCAGUGCGUAGUCAACGUUGGGAUGAUUACGCGCUUGCCAACAACCUCCCAGGUCGUCGUGGAAAUUCUCCUUCCGGGCAGGAAAAGUUUUACCAGCCAGUUUAUGCUGAUGACGCGGCCAUGGAGAUGGAUGAUAUGCACUCGACUUAUUCCUCAGUGAAGCCGGCAUCAACGAUCCUUACCGGCUUUCCUGCCCAAGGACCUCAUGGACCGUAUAUGACUCCACACUCCCCAAGUCCUUUUGGCGGCAAUAUCCCCGGUAACAGAAGUUCGCACUUGUCAUCGUUCUCACGGUACACGGAUCAGCCCCUUGGCGGCCGUAGUCAAAGUUACUUGUCGAUGGGCAAUCUUAGCAGCUACCAUGAAAACCCAGCAAGCGCAAGCCGCCUAAGCGGGCUUGGACCGAUGACAAGCGAAACUCAUCUCGGAGUACCUCAACGGCAAAGCAUGCCUAGCCCACUGGGUAUGCCUCGGCCAAUGAGCACUGUGGUGGACUUCAGAUCUGCACAAGGUCUAGGGCCAGAUAAGGCAACUAUUACGGAGGCUAUUCAGAACUGCCUGUCUGAAGUGGACUUGGACACGGUAACCAAAAAACAAGUCCGUGCUCUCGUCGAACAACGAUUGCAAACGACAUUGACUGGCGAAAAGAAAGCAUUCUUAGAUCGCCAGAUCGACACUGAACUUGCCAACAUGUAA